UUAUUGCAAAAACGCAAGCAGUUUUCUUCUCUUUCUGAUUUUGACAAAUCGUCAUUUAUUGUGUUGACUAGUGUUGACGUUCCGCUUGAGUUUGGAAAAUUGUGUCAUUCCAAUUAACGAUGGACGCAGCAACGUCGAGUGCAUCGCAAUCCGCGACGACGAAAUAUGGGGAAAUGCUGAAGCGACUCAAAGAUCUCCACGCCAAGAGGAAUGAGGCCAGAAUGCAGAAUCACAAGGAAGUGGUAGAGGAGGACAAGAGAAACAAAUUGCCUACCAAUUGGGAAGCCCGCAAAAGACAGGCCGAAUGGAUAAUGCAAGACGAAGCUGCUAGAAAUGAGGCAGAAGCUAAGGGUGAAGACUAUGAACGGAAAAAAUUAUUGAAUAUUGAUGCUACUGAAGCAGAAAGAAUUGCUAGAAAGAAGAAAAGCAAACAGAAUCCUGAUCCAGGUUUCUCGGAUUACGAACAAGCGGCGAUACGUUCUUAUAAUAGAUUGGUGAAAAAUAUUAAACCGAAUAUGGAGACAUACGAAGAAGCAAAGGAGAAAUUAGGCCCUGCUUUUUAUGGUGAUCCAAAUACAAUAUUACACGGUUUACACGAAGACAAAAAGGAAGCAGUAGAUAAAAUGGUCACCAAUCUAGAGAAGCAGAUCGCAAAACGGGAGAAAUACAGCAGGCGUAGAAUGCACAAUGAUGACGCGGAUAUUGAUUAUAUCAACGAACGUAACGCCAGAUUCAAUCAGAAACUGGAGAGAUUCUACGGCGAGUAUACGCGGGAAACGAAAUUAAACUUGGAAAGGGGUACGGCUAUAUAAGAAAAAACCGAUGGUGUAAUUAUCACAAAUACUUGUAUUUUAUGUAUUAUACGAUGACUUUUUAUAUAAAUAAGAAUCUGGAGAA